AAUAAACACAUAUAUUCUUUAUAUUGAUAUCAUGCAAUGUAGUUUGUAAUCUUGCAAUGUCAAUUAUUGCACCAUUUUACCCAUAAUUUGCUAAAUCUAAAGAGCUCUCUGAAGAUAUCAUAGGAAUUGUAUUUGCUGCUCAUCCUUUAGGACAAUUCAUUUCUUCUUUAAUUCUAGGGAAAUUAAUAACCCAUGUAUGAAAUAUACUAAUUAUAGGAUAAUAGACAGAAAAUAAUGAUUAUUGGAAUUUUUUUAUAAGGAUUAGGUUUGAUGCUUUUUGGUUUCUUAUACUAUUUUGAUGAUUAUUGGGUAAUUCUGUUAGGAAGUUUUCUGGCUAGAUUGAUUGGUGGAAUAGUAUUUAUAAAUGAAAAUACAAAUAGGGUGCCUCUAUGUUUAUGACACCGUUUUAUGCAUUUAUUCCUUAAUUAUUUCCAAAAUCAAUUGAAGAGAAAAUAGCAAUAGCUGAAGUAUCAACAUCUCUUGGAUUUUUAGGAGGUCCUAUAUUAGGAUCAGCAUUAUAUUAAUUAGGUGGAUUUGUUUUACCAUUUUUUUUCUUUGCAGGAUGUUCAUAUGGAUUAGCUGGAAUUUUGAUUUUUUUUUCAAAAAGUUUAGAUGUCCCUGAAGUAGAUCUUAGUUAAUCAAUAAUAUUGCAUUAAUCAAUAUAAAAUUAAGAAUCAAUUAUUGAUAGUGAUUUUUAGAUAUCUUAUUUAUCACUUCUUUGUAAUUAUCCAGUUGUAAUUUCAUUUAUAACAAAUACGUUAACUCUAUCUUUAUGGACAUUUUAUAACCCAACAAUAGCUAUUUAUUUAUUGGAAUAGUAUGAUAUUGAAGAAGAGUACUCUGGAUACUGGAUAUCCAUAAACGCAGCAUCUUUUGGAUUAUCUACUCUUUUCAUAUCUAGAAUAAAAUCCCAUAAAAAAUUUUUCAUGUAUUAUGGCUUAGUGAUCAGCGGAUUAUUAUAAUUUUAUAUGGGUCCUGAUUAUACAUUCACUAAUUUAAAUCCAAAACUAUUAUAUACAAUAUUAGCAUGGUCAAUUGUAGGUUUUACUGGAGGAUUUCCAUAUGUUCUAACAUUGCCUUAAGUCAAUUAAAUUCUUACAAAAGAUUAUUAUAAAUAUCCCACAUAAUGUGCAAACAUAGCAUCAGCCAUGUAUUUGAUAUAAAUUCAUUUUUUUUAUAGAUUUAAUGCAAGUUUAGCAGGAGGUGAAUUGUUUGGACCAAUUAUGGGAGGUUAUCUUACAAAAUGGUAUGGAUUUUAAAGGUCAUCAUCUCUAUUAGGAUUUACAGUUCUAAUAUGUUGUAUCUGUUAUUUACCUUAUUUAUUUUUUAUGGAUGAAAAGAUAGCCAGAUUAAAAGCAAAAAAAGAAAAAAGAGCUGGUCUAAAAGAAUGA